AUGCCCAGCAGUGAAACCCCGAAGCAGAGAUUGUCCCCACACGCGGUUUUAUGUGAGGCGAGGUCGCGGCGCCUAGCGAGGGCUGAGGAGAACGGCACGAGUUUAGGUCAGGAGGUGGUAACAAUGCCAGAGGCUUUCAGGCCAGAGCAGGGAUCUCCGCCCGUGACCGUGGGCUCAGAGGUGUACCAAAGAGCGGACAACAGUGCCACAGAGCGCUUAGUGGUAGGAAGUAUUGGAGGACUCAUUCUGGAUAAAACAGUGUCUGAUCCAAACUUGGCUGGAAUUGUUGUUUACGCGCCAGUAAUUAAUGGGAUAGGUGGCAAUUUAGUGGCUAUUCAGUCUAGCCGGAUUUCCACCCAUCUCCAUUUUCAUUGCAUUCCUGGGGAAGUUCCAGAAGAAGCUAAAGGCUGCUAUUACCCAUGCAGAACCUUCUGUGGUUCAGGUGCAAAUCACAGAUCAGCCCAAGUGUUGCUUCUCUUGGUGGUACCUGGUCAUUUAAUCUUUCUGUAUACAAUUCACUUGAUGAAAAGUGGUCACACAACCCAUACUCCUAUUUUUAAGGCUGUAUACCUGACUGCUGCACUCCUACAGGUUUUUGCCCUCCUGUGUAUUGCAGACUGGAUGGUUCAUUGCAUGUGGAAGAACAGUAAAGAUCCAGACAGCUUUUCCAUUCCAUAUCUGACUGCUCUCGGAGAUCUUCUAGGCACAGCAAUGCUGGCUCUUUGCUUUCACUUUCUUUGGCUCAUUGGAGAUCAAGACAGUGAUGUUGGGGACUGAGCAUGGAGCACUGUACUUGGCCUUCUCGAUAUUACCGCAGCGUGGUGCUAUAAAUAGUCACCUGGAUCUUCUGCUGGGCCGUACUUUUUUUCUUAGGGAGCAAAUACUAAAGCCUGACUGACACAGGAUGUCUUCUUUGAACUUGCUUAAGCUAACACGAAUCUUAGAAUGUAGAAAUCUUCCCAAUAAUGUUGCCAGUAUAAGAGGUAUCAAGGUUAUAUGAUACUGACAAAUGAAAUGCUUAAACAUGCUUUUAGCUAAAUUUGUAUUUAAAUAAUAUUGAUUUUUAUAUUUUAAGUGGAGCUGUAAAGUAUUUCUUUGGCAUUCCCAGUGGUAUUUUCCAAUAUAUUGUUUGUAUUCAGAAGGAUUUACAUACACAGGAGAAAUUCUAUACAUAAACCCACUGCGGCUAACGAAACCGCAGUAUAAUUCCAUCAUACUCCCUCCGUAUUAUCUGUUUGAUAGAAUGUGCAAUAUAAUAUAAAGAAUAUAAAUUACAGACAUCCAUUGAAAUAAUGUGGGUUUUAUAAGUAAUACAGUAUCCUUUUAUUAGUAAAGUUUUCAUUCAUAUUUGUCCAUGUAUGAAAUGCCUAAAUGUUUAAUCUGACAGCAGUUAAUGAUCUCUAACGGCACAUAAGUUGACUGUGGAGAAGAUGUGAAAAAGUUGUACACCAUAUGUAAAAAUGGAGUACCUUCUAUUUUGUAACAUUUAUAGACCCAUCUGAGCAUCAGUGAUCAUUGAAAUGCAUGGGACUUAUAGUCACCAAGUAACCAAACUGUUUUCUUGUUGAUGGUGUUGUUGCUCAUAAAAAUAACACUCUUGGCCAUGGACAACAUUGUGUUAUUAGGUUGCCUUACUAUGUUUUUUGUUCUUGUGCCAUACAUGGUUAAAUGUAAAUAAUCUUAAUAAUUUGGGAAAUUUGACUGUUAUGGGACCGAUCCUCCAAUUAGCUGUGACCCACACAAUCUCACUGAGAUUGCAUACUGUAGGUGGUGAGCCAGCUGAGGAUAGGGAAGGCUGCAGGGAUCUGUGGUAUCUGGGAUGAACUUCUCCAGGCUGGUGGUAAGGCUGUCCUCCUUGCAUU